ACAGCGGCGAGCCCGCGGGGCGAGAGAGCCGAGCGGGAGGACUUGAGUCCUUAAGAGACAAACCCUGAAAAAGGGCAGGGGAAAGGGUGUAACAUUCAAACCACAUGGACAGAGUGUUGGCAGCCAGAAGUCAGACUUUUAUCCGCAAAAGAUACUGAAUUUGUGUCUCAAGCCUUCUGAAGGAAAGGCAAGUCCAGAACCAGUAGGUUGACCAAAACUUACAGACAAAGAAAAGGAAUUAGAACUGAGACGAGAACACCUCUUGAUGCAAUAUUGCAAGCCUCCAAAUGUUUCCAGUGGUAUCAUCAUGAUUAAUGUGGCACUAUAGGAAAACAGACAACAAAUCAGCCUACGGCAUCUUGUUUUGGUUACAGAAACUGCAAAAAGGGGAUUUUGUGACUUCAAUACAGAUUUUUGAAGGGCCAUGGGAAAUGUUAGAUGUCCUCAGUAGGAUGUGGAGGAUACACACCACCUGAUAAGAUUGGAGCCUAAGUGUGUGCAUGAGAGCCUCAGAGGUAUUUUGAUGGCAGCAUCUUGGAAUUUCAUGAGAGUAGUUCAUUAUUCCAAAAGUGUUUUGUCACAGGGAGCCCAGAUAAGAGGAAUCACCAGUGAUUUGGGGCAUGCCUGCUCCAGGACUAUAACUUCAAGUUUUGUUGCCAAAACACCGACAUCAAACACAGUGGAACUGCUUGGUAAAGCGCACCCUCGAGAUGAUUACAGCAAUGUCACCGAUAAAAUUCUCUCCAAGGUGGGAAAGAACUUGCACAACCAAAGGUACCACCCUUUGUGGCUGAUCAAAGAGCGAAUAAAGGAUCAUUUUUACAAGCAGUAUAUAGGACGCUUUGGGACCCCACUCUUUUCUGUUUAUGAUGAUCUGUCCCCGGUGGUUACAGUGGAGCAGAACUUUGACAGAUUGCUUAUCCCAAAAGACCACCCCAGCAGGAGGAAAGGGGAAAACUACUACAUGAACCACACUCACAUGCUAAGAGCACACACGUCGGCUCACCAGUGGGACUUGAUGCACUCAGGGCUGGAUGCCUUUCUGGUUGUGGGAGAUGUCUACCGCCGCGAUACAAUUGAUAGCAGCCACUACCCAAUCUUUCACCAGAUGGAAGGAGUGCGGCUCUUCUCCAAUCAUGAGUUGUUCAGCAACAUCAAAGAUGGAGAAAAUUUACAGUUGUUUGAGCAAGGGCACCGCACAGCACACAAGCAGGAGACGCACACCAUGGAGGCAGUGCGGCUGAUGGAAUUCAAUCUAAAACAAGUGCUCACAAAGCUUGUGACUCAUCUCUUUGGUGAUGGACUGGAAAUUAGAUGGGUAGACUGCUACUUCCCGUUUACACACCCUUCCUUUGAGAUGGAGAUCAACUUCCAAGGAGAAUGGAUGGAGGUGCUGGGCUGUGGGGUCAUGGAGCAGCAGCUAGUUAACUCAGCUGGUGCUGAGGAGAAAAUUGGAUGGGCAUUUGGCCUGGGAUUAGAGAGGCUGGCCAUGAUCCUCUAUGAUAUCCCUGACAUCCGCCUGUUCUGGAGUGAAGACGAACGCUUCCUGAAACAGUUUAGUGUGCCUCACAUUGACCAAAAAGUGCAUUUUCAGAUCUGGCCCGAGGUGGAUUCAUCUCCCGUCACCGCCGCUCCCAGCGCCAGGGGUUGGGGCUGCUGCUGGAUCCCAGCCCCGCUCAUCCUUGGUCUUCGCCUUGGCCCUGGCACGAGCUGCUGCUCUGCUCCCCUCUCCUGGCAGGGGCGGCGCAGAGGGGAGGAGGAGGAGGAGGCAGAGUCGGGGACAAGCCGAGGAGGAGCGGCCCACCCGGGCACCAGGUUCCUCCCGUCCUCUUCAGCCGGAGCAGGGCCGUGCUACUGGCUCUCGCCUGGGGGGUGGGGGGUGACCGCUGCCCACGGGAGAGCGGCGGGGACAGGUUCCUCACUUAGCCGGCUCCCUGCCCAGCUGCACUCGGCGGCAGAAAAACAGGCUGGUUACUGCCCAGGACGCCGCUUCAGGUAUGAGCUGGGGCCCCAGCAUUAUGCCACCCCAUAUAUUUUACUGCCCUAGGCACCUGCUUGUUUAGCUGGUGCCUAGAGCCGCCCGUGGACAGAGGACUUGUUCUGGAAAUCUCAGGGAGACCAAAAAUAGAACAAACUGACAGGCUUAAGGGAAAACAUUUUCGAAACUUAAGUAGCUUUGCCUGUAUGUUGCUAGUUCUGUCUCAGAAAAAUAAAAUCUAAGGUCCAAGCCAGCCAUUUCAUCCUGUUUGAACUGAUUAUGUACUGUGAAGGGGGUGGGUCUAAUGACCCACCAUUAGUAUGCUCCUCUGUAUAAUUUACAUUUAUCUUCUUA